ACUCAUAACGCAUUUUUAUGGAAUCUUAUUUGAUUCGUCUCGUGUAGUAAUCCGAUAAUCCGUAUCAUAUUACACCAUACGCUUGCAUAAAAGAAAUAAAAAAUGUCAUCAACACAGCGAUAGAAGCGGGGGAAGAAAGGAGGUCGUGAAGAGCACAAAAUGCAAGAAGAUUGAAAUGUUCAUUACCUUACCUCCCAUUCCCAACGAUGCAUCAACUGUCAACUACCACCUUCCUAACACCUCUCCCUUCCAUUUCUCAUUUUUCUCUCUUUCUUCUAAAAUUAAACUAUUUCCUUUAUUUUCCAUCCACCACUUCUUACCCAUUUUCAUUUCUAAACUAAACAUAAUCCUUACACCUCAUAUUUUUUUUUGAUUAAACAUAUCUUAUUUUAUUUAUUAAAUAAAAUUUUAAAAAAUAUACACAAAACAAAAAUCUAAAAAAAAUAAAACAUUAACGAAUCAAAGUUUGUUCUGUUUCCUCCAUUCCCGCUAUGAUCCUUCUUUCUAUGUUUCCUUCCUUAUUCCAUUUCCUCUUCUAAUCAUUAUUCCAUUAAAACACCUCAAAAUUCAUUUAACUCUCCAUUAAAAAAAAAAAAAAAAAAAACAAACAAACAAACAAACAAAAAAAUGGCAAAUAAUCAUCCUGUGAAAUGCUUGAGUUUUGAUUCAAGAUUUCAGGAUGAUAACAAGAGCAAAGAUGAGAAAGACAUUGGCAAAUCCUACAGUUUCGCGGCACGAGUCAGUUCAGAUUUAAAUAAUGAUAGUAAUAACGAUCAUAAAUUACGUCAACCUGUAACAAUUCAUGAAGUUGAUGAAGAACUAGAGAAUGAUCAGCAACACGAGGCGGUGGCAGAGGAGGAGGAAAAGGAAUUUACCCUUGAUCAGCUUUCUGAAGACAUUGAUCAGUUCAUUCUUUCCCUGUCCUCGUCUUCGAAUGACGAUAAUGAUGAUCCCCCUGAAAUCUCUAAGGAGGUAGCUAUGUUUGUUAAGAAGGUUGAAGCCAAGAUCGAGGAAUACGAGUCCACUGCGCAGGAUUCGAUUGUUUUUGGCCGCGAUGUUGAGGGUGAUUCUUCUUUUGUAGCAGCUGUUAAUAGAUUGUCGGGUCUAAUGGAGGCGAUUCAUGGGUUGAAAUCGGGUUAUAUGAUGCCGUUGUUGAAUCAGACCAGCUCCGUCCUGCACCGUGUAAUGGUGUUCUUAGAGGAGGAGCUGCGUCUGAUUCUGGAAGAACCCGUGUGCCAGAAUUCGAACAAUGCUGCAGAUUGUUCGAAUUCUAAGCACACGGAUUCUUCGUUGAAGAGCCUCAAAGGGAGGCUGCAAUCUUUUGCUUCGUCUGCCCAUCCACACGAUCAUCACCAGGAUGAGGGAUCGGGUGAAGGGGCAGACUCCUGCGAGUUGCAGGAGGGUGGUGAUCCAGAGUCGGAAGAACAACAGGAAGGGAAGGAAACGACUAUUACCUUCCCUUACUUUUCUUCCGACUCUGUAUCAAGCAUCCGUCUCAUAGCCAAUGCAAUGAUCAUUGCAGGCUAUGAGACGGAAUGCUGCAAUGUCUUCCUCAUUGCGAGGAGACACGCCUUUGAAGAGGAAUUGAAGAAGCAAGGUUUGGACAAGAUUAGCACAGAUGAUGUGCAAAAGAUGAAUUGGGAGCCUCUUGAAGGGGAGAUUUCAACAUGGAUUUGCGUCUUUAAGCAUUGCACCUCUACCCUUCUCUUAGGGGAGCAAACAUUUUACGAGUCAGUUUUUCCUGAUCGUGUACGCACUAGCCAAUUCCUUUACAACGACAUCUCCUACGCUAUCCUCUACAUCCUUGUUAACUUUGCCGAGGCUGUUGCAUUGACCAAACGUGCCACGGAGAAAUUGUUCAAAUUUCUUGACAUGUAUGAGACUCUACGUGACACGGUCCCUUGGGUCGAAACUAAAACACCCAUGUAUUCCUCGGAGGAGUCCAUGAAGGAGUUGAAGUCGGAGUUGUGGUUUGCAAAGAGUAGGCUAGGGGAGGCUGCAGUAUCUAUCUUUUGUCAAUUCGAAAACUCGAUCAAAGGUGACAACACAAAGACUCCGGUGGCUAGUGGAGCGGUCCAUCCUUUAACAAGGUACACCAUGAAUUACCUUAAAUACGCUUGUGAGUACAAAGAUACAUUAGAACAAGUCUUCCAACAACAUUUAAGAACAGAGCAAACAGAGGAAUUCUCUGCCAUUGAUCACUCAUCCUCAUCCGAUCAACAACGCAAGCUAGUUGAUCAACAACAACAACAGCAUCAACAAGAAGAGAAGCAUUCACCAUUCGCCUCGCAACUCAUAACCAUCAUGGAUUUACUAGACUCGUACCUCGAGUCGAAAUCCAAGUUAUACAAAGACCUAUCCUUAAGGUACAUUUUCCUAAUGAACAAUGGUAGAUACAUGCUUCAAAAGGUCAAAGGAUCGACCGAGAUUCACCAAGUGGUAGGGGAUAACUGGUGUAGGAGACGGUCCUCAGAUGUUAGGCACUACCAUAAGAGCUACCAAAGAGAGACUUGGAGCCGAGUGUUACAAUGUCUUAACCAAGAAGGAUUACAAGUCAACGGAAAAAUACACAAGCCUAUUUUAAAAGAAAGGUUCAAAAACUUUAAUCAGUUAUUUGAUGAGAUUCACAGGACUCAGAGUACAUGGGUGGUAAGCGACGAGCAGCUUCAGUCGGAGCUUCGAGUAUCGAUUUCUGCUGUUAUGAUUCCGGCUUACCGGUCCUUCGUGGCGAGGUUUGGACAGAUUUUUACCCCUGGAAGACAGGUUGAGAAGUACAUCAAGUUUCAACCAGAUGACAUUGAGACAAUCAUUGAGGAGUUGUUUGAUGGAAAUCCUAGCUCCAUUGCUAGGAGAAAAAUAUAGGACCAGAUCAUAUUUAUUCAUAUAUAUGAAUUAUAUUACAAUGUAGGAAAAAGAAUUUGGGUGUGUUUAAUUUGUGUUACAUUACAUACUCAUUAGUGUAUUUUAAUCUUCUGUAUUUUUUUUUCUUUUGUAAUUUGUGUUGGAUAGUAUUGUAAUUUUAAUUAUUAUUUUUUUCUUUCUUUUCCUUUUAGUUAAAUUAACAGGAUUUGAUUCAGAAUAUUAAUUGCUUAGGGUUGAUAAUUGUUCAUGGAAUAUUUAAGUUGAUGUACCAACAGAAAAUCCAUGUUAUUGUUUAGUGUCUUCCUUGUCUAGCUGAAGGAUGAUAUCAGAGCUUAAUACUGUAUUAUUUUUCUGACAACCACGUGGCUAAGCAUAGGAAGUUUUAAGCAUUUUUAAUGGGUAAUUUUUCAGGUUGUUUAUUUGAUUAGGCCUUUAUUAUGGAGCAUUAAUUAAAGCUUUACUAAGUUCAUAAGUUGGAAUAUGAGAUCAUUGGCUCAAUGGAAAUAAUGCUCCAGAAGUGGGAUCAUUGGCUAAAUGGAUUUUUUAUUUUUAUUUUUUUAAUUGAGAUUUAUCUAUUUAUAAAUAUCUAAUUUUCAAUGUGUACACUGCAAAAAAGAGUAAACUACCAAAACUAAUUUAGUUUUUUAUUUGAAAUUUUCUAAUGUUUGUUGAUUUGAUUUGGUCUGAACUUAUCUUACUAUCCUAUCUCUUGAAAUGUAACUAUAUUUGUACGUUAAAAUAUUUUGAAAAAUAAUUAAGUGGAACCUUAUUUGAAUUUCAUAGUGUGUAC